AUGAUUCCCCCUUCCUCUGGGUGCUCAGUUGGGACAUUCCCAGCGCGGCAAUUUGAGUUUGGACGGCGGGAAGAAGCAACCGGGAGGGAAAGCGCAGAAGAUUUAAAUAGGAAAGAAAUGCCAAAGAGAAAAGCAAAAGAUUCCAGGAAAGGACCAAGAGGACAUGAAGUCAAGUUGCAAUGUCAUAGGAAAUUGGAUUCUCCUGAUUAUCCAGAUGUGUCAAGUAUUUUGAAAGUUCCUGGAAUUGGCCAAACAGAAGAGUUUGACAAUGCGUUUGACCCUCCCUUACAUAGCACUGCUGUGUCUGACUAUGGAGGAGAAGAAGAGGAGGAGGGAGACAAAGGAGAAGAGGAAGAAGGGAAUAAGGAUCUGGAUUCAGAAGCUGAUGGUUCAACCAGCAAUUCAUCUGAUUCUGAGCCAGAAAAGAGAAAUACAAGAGAAAGGAAAGAUCAGCAUAGUGUGAAAUCAAGAGUGGCAAGGAAAGAUCCUCAAAAGGACCAUUUGAUGAAGAACAUGAUGUCUAGGAAAAGUGCUAAAUCCCAAAGGAAACAGAAGAAGGCCUCAGCAGACAUGGAGGAGGAUGACUCAGAUGAUCCACAUUUGGCUGAAGUGCACGUUCCCAAAGGGAAGAAAAAACGUGCCAAGCGUGUCACAGAAUAUGAGUUUAUUCUGGAGGAGUUUGACGAAGUAACAGAAAAAUACAAACAAGAAGUGGAACUGAAGACAUGCAGGCAAGCUAUUGAUAGCUUUUAUACUGGGUUCAGAGAUCAUCUCCUUGGCCUUAUGACAGGGGCAAAAGAACUGAAAAAAACAAAACUAAAAAAUAUGAAGAUGGUCAAAGAGACAAAUAAGAAAAGGAGGCGUUUGAUAGAAGUUAAAGAAGAAGUAAUUAAAACUGACUCACAGCUGAAGAAACUACAGCGGGAACAUGCUGAACUCAAAGAAAAAUUAUCCUCUCUCAGGAACGCAAGGCAGUUAAUCACCGAUUUAAAAGAUCUUCAACAAAAAUAUGCUCAGGAGAGAGAGAAAAACCCACAAGAAGAUGUAUUAUAUGGCAUUUCCAGCCUUCCUGCACUUCUGGUGGAAUCGCAAAGAAUUUUAGGAGCCGAAGGUCACUUUCGAAAUAUCAACAAAAGAUUACAGCAAGUUUUAAAUGCACAAAAAGAAAGCUAAACAUUGGAUUGCUGUGAGUUUUCCAAGCUGUAUGGACAUGUUCCAGAAGUAUUUUCUCCUAACAUUUGGCCCGCAUGUAUGACAGGCAUCCUCAGAGGUUGUGAGCUAUAUUGGAAACUAAGCAAGGGAGGUGUGUAUGUCUGUGGAAGGUCCAGUGUUGGAGAAAGAACUUUUGUUUGUUGGAAGCAAGUGUGAAUGUUGCAAUUAAUAACCUUGAUUAGCAUUGCAAAGCAUUGCAGCUUCGAGGCCUGGCUGAUUCCUGUCCAGAAGAAUCCUUUGUUGGGAUGUGUUAGCUGGCCCUGAUUGUUUCCUGUGUGGAAUUCCCCUGUUUUCAGAGUGUUAUUCUCUAUUUAAAAAUCUAAAAUUAGGACAGUAAAUAAAAACAGAUAUGUAAACCUCCCUUGCUUAGUUUCCAAUAUACCUUGCAACCUCUGAGGAUGCCUGUCAUAGAUGUGGGCCAAAUGUCAGGAGAGAAUGCUGGAACAUUACCAUAGAGCCGGAAAACUCAGCAACCCAGUGAUUCUGGCCAUGAAAGCCUUCAACAACACAAAGCUAGGCAUUCUUCAUGCAGAGUACAUGCUAUACUGUCUCCUAUUUCCAUAUCGCUGUCUUAUGUUAUAAUUUUAAGUAUAACUAAUUGCUAGUCCCAGCAAGAUUAGAUAGUUAAUAUUAACAUAAAUUCCAUUAAUUUUAAUCUAUCUAUGUAGUUGGGACUUUUUGGUGCAUCUCGGCCCCAGUAUAACUUCCUAACUUACUAUUGAGAAUAAGCAUUGCCAAAUACCAAGUAAGGACAGAAGUAAACAGGAAGUAGGGCAAAUCAACUGAAUCUUAGUUUGGCAGUUUUCCUUGGAGGAAAGGGGCCUCUGGUUUAUCCUAUUAUCUGCUGCUGUGGAAAGGUCAUCAUUUCCUGUUGCAAGAAGUAGAGGGAAAUAAUGAAUUCACCGCAGGGAAGAGCAGACAGGAUCCUAUAAGAGGCACUUAAAAUUGCUAAUAAAUAUUUAAAUAAAUGUUUAAAGAGCAAUAGUUCUAUAAAAAUGGAAUACUUGAUAUUGUAGAGUUUAGAAGUGGCACAUUGUGUGAUCUGCUCUAUUUCUUCUUUUACUCUAUCGCAUUAAAGUGCCUUUUAAAAGUUCUAAGCCUCAUAUAUAAUAAAUACAUGCCAUGACUUAUUUUUUCAGAUUUUUUUCUUUUGUGCUUUAAUUAUUACAGACAUACAAUCUAACAUAAAGCAAACAUGUUUAUCAUUCUAUCAGUCAACUUAUUUUAGAAUUCUACAAAACCAGUUAAGGUCAAAUAUUUGAAUGUACUAUCUCAAAUAUGGCAAUAUAAUUUUGCCCAAAACUGUUUAAAAUUUAGUUUUUUGAAAAAACUAAGUCUUUAGUAUAGUACUUGGCAUGAUGUGUUUUCUACACUAUAGUAUUUUUGUUAUUUAAAUAUUUCACCGUGUUAUAUAAUGUAUGAGAAUUAAAGGAAUCCAGUUUCUCUGA